GAACGAGGGACCAAACCCUAAUUUCGACUGCCAGUCCAGACUUCCAUUACCAACGCUGAACAAGGAGUGCAUGGUGCUAUUACUAUAAAGGAGCGAAACUGUGAUCUUUGCUAAGUCCGCAAUGGGAUCACCAGUCCUUAGGACGAUACUUUUGGGCCUGGUGACGUUCGCCUGGGCUUCAUCGCCAACCGAAAACAGCCGGGUGACUGACGCGUCCCUUGAGAACGCAACCAUCCGGGAAUUUCAUUGGUCAACGGACGCAGUCUCCUCCGUUCUAAAGGAUGAAUCGGAAGAUGUUGGGCAGUACGAAGGAGACAGAAGCCAGGCGAAGAAGUCUCAGGAGUUUUUCAGUGAGGGGACCAGAGCGGAUUUAGAAGUCUGCCAGUGUCCUUUCAUCACUUCUAAUUACACUUGUGUCUGCUCAAACAGAAAUGGGAUAAUCAAAGCGGAACCUACGGUGGGCAGCAGUACGGUAGAUCUGAAGUACUACAUCCAAAGCGAGGCACCGGGAACAAUCGUCGUCUAUUUCACAGCUCAAGACCUUCCGAAGCCCAGCAGCAUGUGCAAACUGACUGUGGGGGACACCGUGUUUGCUUCAGUAGCCGACGUCAAGGAUAUCAAUGUAGCUUACACAGAUACAGACACUCCCAUAAUUAUGUCUGGUUAUUUCAAGAACAAAUACUGUGAUUACACUCUGCAAUAUUACACUUUUGUUCUCACCACUGAAAUAAUGACACUUAACGCAACUGAAGGAUACCUGACUGCCCCUGCCGACGAAACAGGAGUGUAUUCCUACAAACCAAACGCCGAGGUCCUUUGGGUCCUGCAGCCAGACGUUCCCGUGUCAGGAUUCAGCUUUACCUUUGAUUACCUCGACCUGGGUUUACCUGAUAACAACAUCCACGGCAGCAAUAAGUUGAACUUCAGCUCAGGGGAUUUCCUUGUCAUUGGUCCAGGGGAGGAUCUGCUUCAAGGCAACGACCACAUGUUCUACGGCAUCCGAGAACCUGGUGAUUUCAAGAGAAUAGUCACGAUAGGAGGGUCCAGCCACGUCUACUUCACCUCUACCGUUACGAAGUUCAAUGCCUCUGGGUUCAAUAUCUCUUAUAAGGCCGAGGUCAUCGAACCUACCACGACCCCCCUUCCCCUGACCACCGUGAACCCACCCCCUCCUGAGGACAGGCAGACGACCUACUUGGCAUCCAUCGAAGGAGCGCCGAAGGCCGCGGCUACCAUAAAUCAAACCAUAGACGACUUCAAGACAGCGAUGGCUAACAUGAGCUCGGAGUACGCCAAGAUGAAACACUGGGAGACCAAGGACCCGAUCACAAAGGAUACAGUGGUAGUCUACGAGGCUCUCACGUGCAACAUCCUGCGUUGCAACCCAGAAUGCGUGGCCUUCAAUUUCUCUGUGGCAGCUGUCGAUUGCAAUGACACGUGGCUCUUUUACGCACCUGUGAUGGAGGAUAUGCUUUCCAGGCCUGAACUGCAGUAUGCCCUUGAAAAUAUUGGAAAGGAUUGUACCGUGUGCGACGAACAUAAGGGCCUAAAUCUUUGGCUGUAUAUUGGAAUUCCAGUUGGAAUCGUUGUUUUUGCACUGGUCUUAUCAUCACUGCUAUGGUACACGGGCGCCAAGAGUAACUUAGAAGAAUCCCGUCGAAGGCACGAGCAGGAAAUGGCCGAUCGGCGAGACGACAACAGAAGGCGCUCCUCUGGGGACAUCUCGAUCCUCGGCGUCGGUGGCUCGAUCGCCUCCAGAGGGUCCCUUGGUUCCCGUAGGUUCACGAUGCCCUUCCCAAAGGCCAAGAGGGAAUCGAACAUCGUGGAAGAAGAUGAAGGGGAAGAUACUGUCGACAUGAGUGGUUUUAAAGAGUACGACCCCGACCUUGGUCGCGUUGACCCGGCUGAAUUCGGCAUAAGCACCGAAUUUUUGAACACCAGCCAAGCCCUGCCGCACUACGGGAACCCUGGCUUCGUAGAUGACGAAGGCGACGAAGGGCACACGAUCUUCCGACGAGGGCAUUCCAUCGCCACGACCGCCGGCACGGACAGUGAGGACUCCGACGGGGGAGCCGUUAGCUUCAGCGGCCACGUGAAUAAGAAGGGCAAAGCGCAUGCCAGCGUACCCCUUCAAGCAACGGCUGACGUCCACAUGACCGAGGAAGGGCAGGUCUCUGUCAAUGGUGUCUGUGGAGAGACAGCUCUCUGAAACCAAAAGCCGCCCCUUUUUCACCCUAACAUUUCAUAUAUAAAAGAAUGCAAAAAAUAAAUAAAUAAAUAAAUAAAUAAAUAAAUAAAUAAAAUUUAAAAAAAUAAAAAGAAAAAAUCAACAACAAAAGUAUUUACACCAUAGCAAUGAAAUCAUACCAUUAAGCUUCCCGGUAAACAGUAAAAUGUCUUUUCGAAAACUGCUUGGUUGAAAAAAAAGAGGGUGAUUUAAAUGAACAACUGAUUUAACGACAAAUUCCUCAACGAAGAUUAAGAAAAAAAUGAGCGGGUAAAGCCUUUACAAGAACAGCAUUGAAAUCAACGUCAUUAAUUUUCUAGUCACAGUUUGAAUAAGAUGAAGUCAAUCGAAGUAAAUUUAAGCAAAAUAAAAGAUAAUCUGAUCAAAUAUAAAUUUUUUUGUUCGCUGUUUUCUUUCCGUUUCUCUAAAUAUAAAUGAUUCUAAUUAGCAUGCUCCAUCUUCCUUGUCCUGUAUUAUAUGUGGUAUCUUGAUCACGAACUAAUAUAUAUAUAUAUAUAUAUAUAUAUAUAUAUAUAUAUAUAUAUAUAUGAAUAUAUAUAUAUAUAUAUAUAUAUAUAUAUAUAUAUAUAUAUAUAUAUAUAUUCAUUGAAUGUUUUUUAUGUAGUACCGUAAAUGAUUUAAUUUUUCUUUAUUAAGGCUUUACUUUCCAGUAUCUUCACCAAAUAUUACUACUAUUUCCCUUAUUACGUUACUCCUUCAUUUUUUCAUUUUCAUUUUCGUCAGUCAUUGUCAUUCUUCUAAACUUACAACUACUGUCUUUAAUUCCACUGAUUUUCAGCAGUUUUUUCCAACUCUGUGUAGUUAAUUUUAUCAAAUUGUUAUUAGAAUUAUUAGAAUAAACAAUAUAUAUAU